UCGAGUUGGAUAUUGAUUCGGCAUGGUUUCAGGUUCGUCUCGUUGAUUUGAACUUUCUCCUUCUAGAAGACAUUUAGCUUGACCGUAAUUCACAUUAGCCUAAUUUUCAAUGGACAACUGACGACCACGCUGCAGUAGAGUUUUUUUUAGUGAAGUUCUGAUUCCCGCUCUUUUCCAAGACAUGAAUGUCCGUCUGUACAUCCUUUCGCCUAAUCGAUAGAAAGUUAACUUUUCGAAAUCAUAUAGUGGAGGUGCUGACGUGGAAUUAGCAUCGAGAAGUCGACACUAUGCCUGUUCCCUUUAUCAGGAUGUGCACAACGAGAUGUAAACGUCUCUUUACCUUGAUAGUAAUGAUCAUCACAGCCUUCCUUGUCCUCUACGCCAUAGUGUCUCUCGGAGGGAAUGAAGUGAAAAGUGAUAAUUUGACAGACGUGGUAAAGACACGGAGUGAAGCCGCCCCCAUUGAACCUCAAGAAAUACUGGAAAAGGUAAAAGAGGUGGGAGAAGAGGACAUAAAAGGAACACAACAGACAGAAGACGAUGGGGCGGAAUUAAACGACAAACUCUUCGAUAACACCGAGAAAGGAGAAGUUGAGAGACCUCAAGAAAUAAUUGGUUGUGACGCCUGUGGAGAAAUCAUUGAGGAUGUGGCUCUACCACUUGAAAUGACUACCAGGCGGAUUGUAGCAGAACAGUUCAUUACCGAAGGGUUUAUAAAUGGGAAUGACACACAAGCGAUGGGUGUGAACCAAACACUAAGAGUGCUGACACCAGAAGAGAAAGCAUUGCGAAGACAGGAAAGGGAGAAUAGGACUUUAGCAAGAGAAUCAGAUAAGAGGAGGAGAGAAGAACUGAGGAUAGAAACAAAGAACAACAAGACGAUUGCUCGAAUAGCAGAGAGAAGACGACAAGAAGCGCUCUUCAACAUCACGCGUGCCCAGAGUAAACGCAAACUCAGGAUGGAAAAUGCGUGUUCAAAGUCCGUCUACCUGAAGUACCAGAACUUGCUCUACAAGGAUACCCUGCGGCAUCUGUUCGUGGUGGAUAGUCAGAAACUGAUGUUCUGUUAUAUCCCAAAGGUAGGAUGCAGCAACUGGAAGCGGAUCCUCAUGGUUCUUAGUGGCAAAAAGAACAGCAUGGACAGUAUCACAUCUAGAGAGGCACACUCCAGGAACGGCUUGACUCGUUUCGGAUCACUCUCCAUGUCCGAACAGUUCUACCGGCUCAAGAACUACCGAAAGGUCAUGUUCGUCCGGGAACCAUUCACAAGGAUCAUAUCCGCUUUCAAGAACAAGUAUAAAGAUCUGAGCGUGUUCCGCCAAGCACCGGAAUACCUGAAGCAGUUCGCACGACGGAUCAUGAGGAAGUACCGUCCAGGAGCCACUCCUCAAGAUCUAACGACCGGUGAAAACAUCACCUGGGCAGAGUUUACAGACUACCUGGCUGAUCCUCUAGAGCGUCCUAACUUUGACGAACACUGGAAGGAAAGCUACAAGCUCUGCUCCCCGUGUAAAAUCAAAUACGACUUCAUUGGCAAGCUCGAAAACAUCGAAAAUGAGGCAAAUUAUGUCUUGCAACAUUCAAACUUUACCAUGAAUCUAACAUAUCCAAGUCCAUCAAAUAGUCACCCGACAAACAGUGCUUCAUUGAAUAUUAGUUAUCUUUUCGAAGACUUCUCCAAAGAAAAAUUGCAGGCACUUUGGGAUAUUUACAGGAUUGACUACGCACUUUUUGAUUAUGAGAAACCGUCGUUUGUGCCUUAAGGAAGGACAUUAUACUCUGAAUUAUGCAAUUAUUUGACAGUUGUUUCCUAAGACCUUAUAAUAAUUUUGAUUUUCUUUAAAAUACGUUAUACAAUGUUUCUCACUUGUACUCCUUAAAGUAUCCAGGUCGGUGAUUUUGAUGAAAGCCAAUGACAUGCAUGCUACAUCAACCCAUUGCAUUGGAAAAGUAAAGAAUAAUACAUCACUCCUUAAUGAUGGGACUCAUGUAGCCGUUUAGUAAUCACUGCAUUAUAACCGAAUUGAAACCGGUAUGACACUUUUUGUCAAAUUUACCGCAUUUUUUAUGAAUCCACUUCUUAAAAAACGUCAUAUAUCUUUCAAAAGCAGGGAAACUGAACUAAAUUAAAGUUAUGCCACCUCUAAAGUGAGUCCUUAACCAACACCCUCCCCGUCCCUUGCCCCGACACUAUAUUCCGUAUCUUGUAUCUAGCUUAGCUACAGCUUUUGUAAAACAUGAUAAAUUAAUGUUACUCAUUAUUUUAACCCUUUUUCGUGAAUAAUCAUCGUAAUGGAAGAUAAGCACGGUGCUCUUGUUGAAACCUGCAUAAUUUUGCAUUCUUGGGGUUUAUCAAUAAAACUAUUCCUAAAGCUGCACGAGACUUUACAAUCUACUUAAGAUUAUCUCUAAGUGUCAAAAAGCUGUACUUUUAAUAACAAUGGACAAAAAUAGAAAUUCAAUUUAGAUUUUGCAUUAAGUGUUGUUUGUUUUACAAUUAUUUUGCUGGUCUUAAUUGAUUUUGGCUGAUGCCCAUAAUUAUCUACAAUCACUUUACGAACAGCUACAUGGAACACAAUUUUGAUCAUCUUGAGAAAUGAAUAAAAUAGGGAACGAUUUGAUGUUUGAGAGCGAAGAGGGAUUUGAGAACAAAACCUAUGAACUUACAUUUUAAAGGAUUUAGACUUCAAAAUAAAAUGCACUCUGAUCAGCUAGAGUUGAUUAAAUAAGCCACAACGAAAUGUAACAACACUUUUUUUACAAACGGAUUAGAAAUUAUGCCACAAUACUACAGUAAGCUUGAACAGCGCGCCACAUAAAUACCUUACUACCUCAUACAGGCCUCACAUCCUUACCCAGGAUGCAACAUUCUGUGAUAUAAUCUAUAUACCUAUGCUCAUCAAAAUAGUAAAUAAUUUUCUCCUGAUCUUUACAGCAUUUUUAUCACUAAUAUUUACCAAGAAAUUGUGUUUCUAUGGUGUGAUUUCAGGUAUGCCUGCUUCCAUUUGAGAUAAAAA